AUGGACGCCUCGUCAUCCAACGGCGACAACGCUGCUCGCAAGCGCCCCCGUACGGAGGCAAACCAAAACGGCGGGAACACAAGCCAUGGGGAGACAUCUCAGCUACGACGCCACUCAGAAUUAUGGUACCCUGAUGGCAAUGUCGUGGUUGUUUCGAAGAACAUUGCUUUCAGAAUCUAUGGCGGGCUCCUGGCACGACACUCUCCGAUAUUCAAGGACAUGCUGUCUUUGAACCAGCCUGCCGACGCGGAAAAAAUAGCAGGCUGUCCUAUUGUGAGGUUGGCGGAUCAGCCAGAGGACCUUGAAAGCCUGUUCUUAGCGCUGUACGAGAGGAGAUUCUUUAAGUCUACGGAGGCUACACCGAUGACCACUCUCCUUGGAAUCUUGCGCCUCGCGGACAAGUACUGCAUAGACGACUUGAAAGAAGAAGCACGGAAAGAAUUGUCAUCUCACUUCCCCAAAACCAGUCUUGCUGAGUGGGAGCGCACUCGGCCUACAAGGCAGAAACUUCUGACGGAUAGUCCCGGUAUCAUUAUUCCUGUGGUGAUGAUGGCUCUGCAGCUUCGCUUGGAUGUCUACCACCUUGCGCUCUAUGAAUGCUGCCAGCUUCCCAUCGCCGACCUAUUCAGAGGCUUCACACACUCCGACGGGACGGUAGAACAAUUGUCGUGGGAGAUCAUGCAGGUCGUCAUGGAGCAGCGGGAGCGCCUACAGAUCCUCUCCAAAGCGAAGGUUCGAGUGUGCAAGCCGAAGAGCCCGAGUUGCUCGAAGCGUGCCCUGAACUAUACGCACGCAGGAUAUUUCGCUUGCGUGGAUUCCCCUUCAAUUCCAACUCUCGCCGCGAGAGUUGACCUUCACACAGAAAAGUUGAAGAACUUCCCCCAAUUAUACGACCCACUGAGUCUGUUCGCAGAAGUAUUAGCUCAAAUGUUGCAAGAUAACUCGCUCUGUCAGGAGUGCAAGUCGGCCCUCCAAGCGCAACAUCAGGCAAUGAAAGAAGACUGCUGGAGGUUGGUGAGGAAGUAA